AUGAGCGCUCUCUUUCUCGUAGCCAUCGCCGCGGCGAUCUGGCUACGACUGGCUUUCGCGGAGCCCCAAUUCUUGAAUCGAAAUCCCAUACCGCGUCCGACACUGGCACCGAACUACGGCAAGUACGAAGCGGCCCCAACAACAACUGUGGGACCCGGAAACAAUCUCGAUCUACGGGUAGAAAAGCUGGCGCCUCGCGCACUGCGCAUUAAUACAUGCGGGAUCGUAACACUUCCCUGGACAACGUUCCCUCUAGCGUGCGAGUAUCCGCAACCGUGCCAAACUGACAAUGGCUUUAUGAAGUGCGAUAACAUCGUUGGACGCACAUGCUACGAUGGCUCAGCUACCGAGUGUAGAACCUUUGUUGAUCUCAAUACCCGCUGCUGCACGAGGUCGGAUGAUAAAUGGCUCCCGACCUGCGUGACGUAUUACAAAGAGAUUGACACGGACAGUUGGGUAUCGCUCCUCGAUUGUCAAUGGAAAGUGCACAGCGGUCGAACGAGCUUAGACUUCGUCCCGUGGUCGAUCGAGAACGAUUUUCUUGACGGCACCCAGACAGCGCUGGCUUCCCCUGAUUCCAAAAUCACUCUGACCUCGUCCACAUCGACCUCUGCCUCCCCGUCAAUUUCAACAUUGCCAGCGAGUUCUGCGUCCAACAUAUCUACAAUCGUAGGCGGUGCCGUUGGAGGCUUAGUAGCGGUGGUGAUUGGAGUCUGCGUUGUCGUUUGGCUUCUCAUACGGGAGAAGCGAGCGUUGAAGGCCUGCGACGCCAUAUCUGCGUCGCAGGAUCCGACACAGAGGGCUCAAAUGUCAGACCUGCCGGAGGUAUCUGUCCCUGCGAACUACCGGCCUCUCCAUUCCGGGGCUGAGGAGCGACGUAAAUAUCAAUUGGUGUCCGCAGCCUCGCCUUCCAUCCUCAGUGAGGCGAAUCCGGUGUCUUCUCCGGCGCCGAGACACACUAUCAAUGUUAAUAACGCCCCUGUUGAGCUCGAGUAAAUAGACGUGGAGACACCCAUAAGCUCUGUCCAUGUUGUUCCGGACUUGUGGUAGUUUUACACACCUGGGUUGAUGAUCUGAGUAAGCACGCAGAGAAUGUCGAGG